GCCGAAUGAUAAGAAAUCGAGGAAAUAUGAUUUCAAGAGUCGUUGAAAACGUUUUACGGCACUCCGUGGCCAAUUCCAAGAAAUUUUCUGCACGCUCAAGUCUUUGGUUAGUUCGCCACACUCAGUUAACCGUUGUGCCUAAAUAUUGUUUCAGUAACAUGACGUACCAAAUCGAAGAAAAGGGGUCACCGAAUACAUUAGACUACAAAGUGUACUUAAAAAAUGAAUCUUCAGAAGUUAUUUCUCCGUUUCAUGACAUUCCGUUGUUAGCUGAUAGCACUGGAAAAGUUUUUAAUAUGGUUGUUGAAAUUCCAAGAUGGACUAAUGCCAAAAUGGAGAUUGACACAAAGGCACCUUUAAAUCCAAUCAAACAAGAUACAAAGAAAGGUAAAUUACGUUUUGUAGCCAAUGUGUUUCCACACAAGGGUUAUAUAUGGAAUUACGGUGCAUUUCCCCAGACUUGGGAAAAUCCUGAAGUUCUUGACGAACACACAGGCUGUAAGGGUGAUAAUGAUCCCCUCGAUGUACUUGAAAUUGGUUAUAAAGUAGCCAAACAAGGAGAGGUACUUCGAGUAAAAGUAUUGGGUACAGUGGCAUUAAUUGAUGAAGGUGAAACUGACUGGAAAGUACUUGUUAUUAAUGUUGAAGAUCCGAUGGCUGAUAAAGUAAAUGGCAUAAAAGAUGUGGAAACACACUUUCCUGGUUAUUUAAAAGCUACAGUCGAAUGGUUAAAGCUUUAUAAAAUUCCUGAUAAUAAACCAGAAAAUAAAUUUGCAUUCAACGGCGAGCCUAAAGAUUCCGAAUUUGCACUAAAAAUUAUCCAUGAUGCCCAUGAAUAUUGGAAGAGUCUUUUUCAAAAGGAGAAUACUGAUGGCCUAUCUUGUGUCAAUACAACAUUGAAUAACAAGUCCAGUGUUGAUAGCGAGAAAGUUAAAACUAUACUAUCAGAAAGCCUGCCAUUAUCUGAAGCAAGCCCAAUUGAUCCAGAAGUGAAUAAAUGGCAUUUUAUAAAAUUAUAAGUUGGUGUAUCAUUAAAAGAUGCCGUCAACUUGGUAAUAUUUUAUAUUGAAAAAUUCAAAUCAAAAUAUUACUGAAUAAUUGUGAUUAAAAAAAUGUUGUAAUUUCAUCAUAUUAAUAAUAAUUAUCAAUAGUACAUAAAUAUAUAUAUGUUAUAUUGAAAAAUCAACAAUAUACGGUGAUGUUUAGUAUGAAAUUAUAAA